UUCUUUCUACCAAUCAUUCCCAAUUCCAUACUACUACUACUCCUUGUACUCAUCAUUAGCAUGUAAAUGGGCUCCUCCGGCGGUGGCGUUCCCCCGGGCUUUCGGUUUCAUCCGACCGACGAAGAGCUCCUCCACUACUACCUCAAGAAGAAGGUGUCGUUUCAAAAGUUCGACAUGGAGGUCAUCCGCGAGGUCGACCUAAACAAGAUCGAACCUUGGGACUUGCAAGAGAAAUGCAGGAUUGGGUCGACGCCACAAAACGAGUGGUACUUUUUCAGCCACAAGGACAGGAAGUACCCAACAGGAUCAAGAACCAACAGAGCUACCAACGCCGGCUUCUGGAAGGCCACCGGCCGUGACAAGUGCAUCCGAAACUCCUACAAGAAGAUCGGCAUGCGAAAAACCCUCGUCUUUUAUCGGGGCCGAGCUCCUCAUGGCCAGAAGACUGAUUGGAUCAUGCACGAAUAUCGCCUCGAAGAUGCUGACGACCCUCAAACCAACAACACUGAAGAUGGGUGGGUGGUUUGCAGAGUUUUUAAGAAGAAAAAUUUGUUCAAAGUCUCAAAUCACGAAGGAGGAGGGUCCAGUGUAAACUCCGACCAGAACCUAAACAACAACAGUUCAUCAGCUUCAAUCGCCAUGGCGGCUCGCACCUUCAUGCACAGAGAUUCCCAAUACCAACUCCGGCUGCCGCAGAGCUACGGCGGCGCUUCCCAACCGGCGUUCGAGCUCAACAAAUCCGACCUCGCUCUCCACUACAUGCCUGCCGCCGCACCCUCCUCCCACUACCCCCACCACCUCUUCCAGCCUCAGAUCUCCGCCAUCACCCACAAGCCUCUCGGCGGUGGCUACGAGUUCCCAGCCCUGUCCCUGCCCCCGGAUGCACCGCUCAUGGUGAAGCAGCUCAUGGCAAACCCGGAGAGCGGGCAAGCGGGGGAUGGGAUGAACGAAUCGUGGGCGGUGUUGGAUCGACUCGUCACGUCUCAUCUGGGGAACGAGGAUGAGAACGAGAAUGAGAACGGAUCGUCGUCGGUUGGCCAGAUUAAUCAGCUGCCGUUGAGGGGAGAGAUGGACUUUUGGGGGUACACUAAGUAAUAGAAAAAUGAACUUUUAUGUGCCUCUUAUUGAAAGAGGCUGUUGUGAAAUGCAUAUAUAUGCAUUGCGUAGGGAUGAAUUUAUUUGUUGUGGGUGUCAUUUUUACUUGAUUGAUAUUAUUAUGCAAAUUGUUGGAUAAAUAUUCUUAAUAAUAUUUGCGUCUCUGAUGAUCUGGUUGUAA